GAAUGUUUCUGUCAGAGUCCGGCGAAUAGGAGGCCGGGGGCGUGGCUCCGUCUCUGGGGGAGGUGAUCCCGGAGUCACGUGACCUGAUCCUGGCAGAGAGACAUGUUUCUGAGACCGUUUCUAUUUUAUCGGUACCACAAGUCCCAGCUUGCCCGAUGUUCCCCAGACAGUCUGUUAUGUACGAGACGGAUCGGCACUCAGACUUUGCGGUCCUCCCAACGUAGAUGGCUGCGCGUUGUCUAUGUGGGGUCUGUGGUUGGGGCUCCGGCUCUCGGGGCCCUGAUUUAUUACAGCUCAGAGGGACCGAAGAGGAGGAGAAUUAGAAUCUCCCUGCAGGGGAUUCUGCGUUUCUGCAGGUCUCUGAAGAUUGCCUCACAGAUUUCCAUGGACUACUGGUGGACGAGAAAUGUGACUCUGCGGAAAACGGAUGAGAACAGUCCUCUGCAUCAGGCCGUUAUGUCCCAGUGCCACCAGCGGACGGCAGACAGACUGGUGGAUGGUGCUUUGCUGAAUGGAGGUCUCUACAUUAAACUUGGGCAAGGACUCUGCACCUUCAACCACCUGCUUCCACCAGAAUAUAUAAAAACUCUACGUGUUCUUGAGGACCAGGCUCUUCCGCGGAGAACCAAUGAGGUGAAUGAGAUACUAAUGGAAGACUUUGGAAAACCUGCCGAACUUCUGUUUUUGAAGUUUGACCACCAGCCAAUAGCGGCUGCCAGCUUAGCCCAGGUGCACCAAGCGACCUUACACGAUGGAACUGAGGUAGCCGUGAAGGUCCAGUACAUAGAUCUCCGGGACAGGUUUGAUGGUGACAUAAAAACCCUGGAAUGGCUUUUACAUCUCAUUGAGUUCAUGCACCCCAAGUUUGGCUUCACCUGGGUCCUAAAGGACCUGAAGCAAACGCUGUCUCAGGAGCUGGACUUCCAGAACGAGGGGCAGAACGCAGAACGCUGUGCCCGAGACCUGAAAGAGAUGCCAUACGUACUAAUACCCCGAGUGUACUGGGAGCACACCAGCAAGCGCGUCUUAACGGCUGAUUACUGCGACGGGUGUAAGGUCAGCAGCGUGGAGGGGAUAAGGAAGCAAGGUCUGGAGCUGAAGGAUGUUGCUGAGAAGGUUAUAAAGGUUUUUGCUGAGCAAAUUUUCUUUACAGGAUUCAUCCAUGCAGACCCCCACCCAGGAAACGUUCUGGUGAAUACUGGCCCGGAUGGGAAAGCGCGUCUGGUCUUGUUGGAUCACGGCCUGUAUGAAUACCUGAGUGAGAGGGACCGCACUGCUCUGUGUAAACUCUGGAGGGCGAUUGUACUGCGGAACCGGCCGUCCAUGGAGCGCUAUUCCGCGGAGCUGGGAGUGAAAGAUUACCUCCUGUUCUGUGAGAUUCUCCUGCAGCGACCCCUGUCUCUCUCCAGAACCCUGGGCAAUGCCCUGACCAAGGAGGAGACACAGUACAUGCAAGAUAUGGCCAAGGAACAGUUUGAUGACAUUAUACGAGUGCUCCGCAAUCUGCCACGGCCCAUGCUGCUCGUUUUCCGAAACCUCAACACUGUCCGCUCUCUAAACAUUGGAUUGGGGGCUCCGGCUGACCGGUAUCUCAUCAUGGCCCGCAGUGCGGUGAGGGCAUGGCGGAGACUGGAGAAGCAGAACUCCUCAGGAAUUAGUCGCUGGGCCUCCGUUAUGUGGGAACACUGGAAGUUUGAGGUGGCUUUGAGGUGGGACAGCUUUAUGCAGCAUAUCACAUUCUUCAUUGUCCGCCUUCUGAUUCGCUUUGAUUUUCUCACAGACAACGAGCAGAUCCGUCAGUUCCUGCAGACAUGACAGUGCUGGUGCCAAAGUGACCAAUGAUUCCAAUAAACACUAUUUUAUUAA